GGUGUGGGCAAUUCCAGCUGUUCUGGCAUCCGAAGAGCUUGUGUGUCCGCAGAUGUGCUGAAACACUGUCCUAGGAGAAGGUCCUGAAAGUCUGUUUUUAAAAAGGUUUCAAAUCCCAACAUCACCGAAAUGAGACUUGUAAUUCUGGAUAACUAUGACUUGGCCAGUGAAUGGGCAGCCAAAUACAUCUGUAAUCGUAUCAUUCAAUUCAAACCUGGGCAGGACAGAUAUUUCACACUGGGUUUACCAACAGGGAGUACACCUUUAGGAUGUUAUAAAAAACUAAUAGAAUAUCACAAGAAUGGAGACCUUUCUUUUAAAUAUGUGAAGACUUUUAAUAUGGAUGAAUAUGUGGGACUUCCAAGAAAUCAUCCUGAAAGCUACCACUCCUAUAUGUGGAAUAAUUUUUUUAAGCACAUUGAUAUAGAUCCUAACAACGCCCAUAUCCUUGAUGGGAAUGCUGCAGAUUUACAAGCAGAAUGUGAUGCAUUUGAAAAGAAAAUAAAAGAUGCUGGAGGAAUAGAUCUGUUUGUUGGAGGAAUAGGUCCAGAUGGUCAUAUUGCUUUCAAUGAGCCAGGAUCCAGUUUAGUAUCAAGGACAAGAUUAAAGACACUAGCGAUGGACACCAUUUUGGCAAAUGCUAAAUAUUUUGAUGGAGAUUUAUCAAAAGUACCAACUAUGGCUCUAACUGUUGGUGUGGGGACAGUGAUGGAUGCUCGAGAGGUGAUGAUCCUCAUAACAGGUGCACACAAAGCAUUUGCCCUGUACAAAGCCAUAGAGGAAGGAGUCAGCCACAUGUGGACAGUUUCAGCUUUUCAGCAGCAUCCUCGAACUAUUUUUGUGUGUGAUGAAGAUGCUACUUUAGAACUGAGGGUUAAAACUGUGAAAUACUUUAAAGAAGUGAAAUAAAGAACACAUGUACUUGGGAGAUUCCAACUAUUAAUAGUCCCUGUGAGUCUAAAUUUACUUUCAAUAGUUGCCGUCAUGUAAUUAGGAGUUUUAAGGUAGUGUUUCUGCCCAUAGUUUCUCAGUCUUGCUCCAGGAGAAGUAAAAUAAUGUUCCCUAUUCUUUAUGUAUUUUGUAUUCUAUAAACCCGUUAUCUUUGUGACUGAUACAGAGUAAAAGUGUUAUGUAUGUUAAUUCCAGAUUACGAUGUACUAAUAGUCUUACUUUUUUUCAUCUUAAAAUGCAUUUUCAAAACGAAAUGACCUUGAAUAAAAAUACUAAAUAGGAAUUUAGACAGUGCCUGGCUAUGGGAAAAUAGUGAAAGUUUUACAUAAGUGUGUGAAAGCUGGGAAACCCUGCAAAAAGAAAUUUUACAAAGCCCCAAGUCAUUUAAAUAUCUAUUAUGGCCGGGCACCAGUGGCUCAUGCCCGCAAUCCUAGCUACUCAAAAAACUAGGAUCUGAGAAACUUGGCUCAAAGUCACCCUGGGCAGAAAAGGCAGUGAAACUUUUAUCUCCAAUUAAAGAGUAAAAUGGUGUAGCUCAAGUUGUUGAGGGCCUUCCUUGAGCAAAAGAAGCUAAGGGAGAGCAUGAGGCCCUGAAUUUAACCUCAUGUACUGGUAUACACAAAAAUUAUCUAUGCUGGGACUCCACCCCCCUCUUCAGUUCAUAGUUCUAAAGUAAGUGCCUAGUUUCAGAUUCAUGUAUGCAGUAGCCUUGUAGAAAGCAAAACAUACUAAGAAUCUCAAUUCAUUGAAAAGAAAUCUGAGCCCUCCUACUGUCACUAGCCAGUUUCUUCUAGCCAGUAGGUGUUAAGCCAUUCAGUCAGGAGCUUUGACCAAAUACUAAAGAAUCAACUGUUUGUCCUCACCCUACUAUCUCACCCCUUUCUAACUGGCAUCUGAGCCAAGCUAUUACGUGUAACUUUUCUCAUCACUGACAUAUCCUUGACAAAAACAAAGAGGAUUUGUCCCGUUCAUGCCUUUGGGACGUCAUGGUAGGAAGGGUGUGGUAGAACACAGAAGUUCACAUAUGGUGACCAGGAAGCAUAAAAAAUGUCUAUGUCCCCUUGUGACUGAAGUUGUUUCCUAAAGAUAACUCUUAUUACCAUAAGUCAUAUAGUAACACAAUGUGUAAGCUACAGUUGUAUUUUGGUAUACUGUUGUGUUAUUUGAGAUUUAAUGGUAUAAGAUCUUUCUCAUUAUAGCAAUGAUUAUGUACAGGUUCUCCUCAAGUACUUCAGCAAAACUGUUCUCUGGCCAUUACAGCUCCCUAACUCAGAAGAUACAAUGCUUUAGAAGCUAUGAAAGACAUUUCACGAGGAGCAGUUAAGUUGUUUACCUUUGAAGAAGGAAACCAUUGUUCAAGUUCUAUUUGUCACUGAGAUCUUGACAAUAAAUGUCAGCUUCUUUCCA